UUAUACUGAUAAGAUCGUUGGAAUAUAUCACAUGCUCAGUUGUCGAAUAAAACCCUAUUUGAAAACAAUGCGUUUGGCGUGAAGCCAUGCUUUGUUGUCUUGAAGAAGAAUUGAAAUCAAUAGAAAUUAUUUUGGGAAGCUCUUCGCCACGCCGGAAGGAAUUACUUCAAAACACUGGUGUUCAGUUCUCCACUAUUAGUCCUGAUAUUGAAGAGUCACUACCUUUAGGACACUUUAAGUCAAUACCAGAAUAUAUUGAAGCUUUAGCUCAGUUAAAAGCUGAUGCAGUAAUGAAGACUAUUGUUGGUAGCGGGCAAGACAGGGUAGUGAUUGGUGCUGAUACUCUAGUAUGUUUUGAAGGUUGUGUUUUCGGAAAGCCAUCGAGUCAGUCAAAUGCGAUAGAUAUUCUGAAUCGUUUAAGCGGAAAUAUUCAUCAAGUGAUUACUGGUGUAUGUUUGAUUUGGACUGUAGCUGGCAAACAGCAUAAAGUGGAUUUAUUUCAUGAAGUAACAAAUGUUAAAAUGGCCAGUUUGGAUUGUCGAACCAUCGAGGCGUAUGUACAGUCUGGAGAACCAAUGGAUAAAGCUGGUGCUUAUGGAAUUCAAGGUUUGGGUUCAAGUUUAAUAGAAAAAAUCGAUGGAGAUUAUUUCAAUGUCGUUGGCUUGCCUGUUUAUCGUCUGUGCCAGUAUUUGCGAGCUGGAUGCAAAGACAUAAAUUCUUUGACUCAUAAAGAUGCUGAGUAUAGCUGACUAAUAGCCGACUGUAUCUUUGCGAACUUGGACAGUAAUGAAUACUUAGUUAUCCAACAGGCUCAAGAUUUACCCUAAGAGAGAUGUGUAAAAAUCAUGUCCAGUUUCUUUCCAAAUGUAAAAG